GGAUCUGGUGAACGUAAUGUGUUGAUNAAGCGCAAGCACAAGAAGGACCUGUCGACCAACCCCAGGGCACUGCGACGUCUGCGUACGGCGUGUGAACGUGCCAAACGUACCCUGUCAAGCUCAUCUCAAGCUAGUAUUGAGAUCGAUUCACUGUUCGAGGGCAUCGACUUUUACACGAACAUCACCCGUGCCCGAUUCGAGGAGCUGUGCGCUGAUCUCUUCAGAUCAACGAUGGAGCCAGUCGAGAAGGCGCUUAGAGAUGCCAAGAUGGACAAGUCUUUAAUGCACGAUAUCGUUUUGGUUGGCGGGUCGACGCGUAUCCCGAAGGUGCAGAAACUGCUGUCGGACUUCUUCUCGGGCAAGGAGCUGAAUAAGUCGAUAAACCCCGACGAGGCAGUGGCCUAUGGAGCGGCCGUACAGGCAGCCAUCUUGUCUGGUGACAAGUCGGAGACCGUGCAGGAUCUGUUACUGCUGGAUGUGGCACCACUGUCGUUGGGUAUCGAGACAGCCGGCGGUGUGAUGACGGCGUUGAUCAAGAGAAAUACGACCAUUCCAACGAAGACAUCGCAGACAUUCACCACAUAUUCGGACAACCAGCCUGGUGUGCUUAUUCAGGUUGGAGAUUUGGUCUAUGAAGGUGAACGUUCAAUGACGAAGGACAACAAUCUGCUGGGUAAAUUCGAGCUGUCG